CAACGCAGACUCGGCGGUGUCAAUCAGCUUGUGUUGCUAGCUAUUACAAGUUGUAAUAAGCAAGCUAAACUUUACCACCCAAUAUAUUUACUGUUUUUACACGCAGAACAGCGAUGGACUGUGGGGAUGUUCAGUGCACUCCCCUGGUCUUUCUGACUUUCCUUCAGCAGCAGAUCUGCAGCAAUGCGGAGUUCCGGAGAGAGUUGGACUCAUUGGGCCGGGAGCUGAAGCUUUCCCAGGACAUAAACGGCAAUGGUCUGGGUAUUGACAUCCACGAGGAGGGCGAGCUUCAGACAGAUGGACACUUCUGCAGCAGCAGCAGGAUCUUACUGGAGGGGCUUGAGCCUCAGGUUGCGCUGGCAUGGCCCGAUAACCCUGCCGAAGAAGAAGCCCUGAGGGGUGUCGCUGCAGGGCUGAUUGAAAUAGCUGAUCAGCUUGAGCGUAAUGUGGUGGCCCAGGCUGCUGAGAAUCUGACCAAGAAACUGCAGAAGUAUUCCAUUGGGCUGUGGAAGCACCACCUAGCCCUGGAAGUGGAGUGGGUGAAGAAGCAGGGCCUCGGCCCUGUGCUGGACCAUCUACCCCAGGAGAAGGUGAUCAUGGCCCUCACUCUGACCCUGGUGAAGGGGGUGUGUGAGCACGCCCCCCUGCUGCUCCGUAACCUGUUCAACACAGCAGUUCAGUUCAUAAACCCUACCGUGGCCAGGUGACUUCAAAACAGACCCCAAACUCUACGGACUCUCCACUCUGGACGGAUGCUUGAUUACCAAUCAAUAGUGAGUGUGCCGUUUAGUUCAGGGGCACAUUCAUUUUCUUAACAAGCUACUCAGUAAAUAUAGAACAUUCAAAUUAUUUUUUUGAAAAGAUGUGAUUCUGAAAGUGUUUGCCACUGGAUUUGGAAACUUGAGUGCUUUAUUUUACCAGCUCUGAUACUGCAAAGGGAUAGAGAAGUGUCAUGCAUCGUCUGCUGUUUUCACUUCCACAUACAUUGUGCUUGAAGUUUAUUUUUUUUAAUAGUUUUUUUUCCCAAAACAGUUUUGUAACAAUACAUGGCUUCCUCAAAAGGGAUAAAUCCACUUUUUGUUUUAAAGACCAUGUUAGUUUUGUUAAAUGCCUUUUGGUUUGUUGUAUGCAUAGAUAUCCUAUGAUGAUGAUGCAGGGAUAUACAUUUAAAUUAAAAUAAAUGUAAGAGUAAUACAAUUAUGUAAGGAAGAACCAUUUUAUUAACUUGUUCAUGUGUACAAAACCACAACGAUGCAGUUUAAAUGAUGUAUUCUGGUCUCAAACUGUACAUAUAGGUAAAGUGCUAAAUUGGGGAUUUUACAGCCGUACUGUACUUUCCAAAUA